AUGAGUGUGGCAGGCCUGCACCAAGGGCCGAUCCACGAGUUGCUUUCCGAAGAGAGCGAUAGCAACGGCGCAGCGGUCCGACUGCGCCCAAACAUCGUCCGUCGCGACACCGAUAACAUUCUUUCCUACUACCAGUCAGAACAUGCUGGGCGCGCGUACUCGGCAUUCAAUGCUGCUGAAAGCGUUCCCGCCGAAUCAAUCAUGAGAGAAGCAUCGCCUCACGGCCACUCCGGAAGUCGUUCGUCAUCGGAGUACUCUGACUCUGACUUCGACCGCCACGUUGACGCAUGCACGCAUGGCAAUGACUCCCGGCCGGAGACCUCGACUAACCGCGAUACCGGCCAUACAAGGCGGCCAAGUAUACCCUCCGAGGGAGGAGCAGACAGGCGGCGUCUAGCCAUUGUCGAGCUCGACUCGACGCUUCCGGCGUCACUCAGUCGCAAACGAAGUCAGGGAGGGAGAGAUGUGGGUGCUGAUGCAGGAAGCGCUUCGGUGACGUCGACUAUUCUGUCUCGCCGUGGCAUUCACGUCGAUGGUCUAGCACUGGUAGCCCCUCCCGACGCCUCGCCUAGGGCAUAUACCAACCUAACGCCGCCGUCAACUGCGCCCCUCUCCUUUGAUCGUGCUCCUGUUUCAUCAUCGCCAGCGCUGCAUCAGCGUUCCAUGUCGGAGGCGAAGAGCGCGACACCGCUGCACCGGCGAAAGUCCUCGCGGGACGUGGGCAUCGUUGGUGUCGUGCCACCGGCGUCGGAGUUGACCGAGCGUGGUAUCUCGAGAGGACAACAUGGUUAUGCAGCCAGCCUCAAAGUUCCCAUCUUUCAAACCCCUGCUGAAUCACCGUCGCAGUCACCUGGACACACUCCUGAGGGAUCCGAAUCCAGCACGCUGGGUGUUUUCGGUGGCAACCUGAGUGCAUUGACUACGCCUGAUACCGAGAGGCGUAAACAGGAGAUGCUGACCCCGGCAAUCGGCGAGUCGAAGGAAAUCUCACAGCCUGUCGUUGGACCCGUAGUUGUCGGCAUCACGGCGGGCAUGAUGCGUAAAACCCCAGGACCUGGUCAUAGCGGUUUAACAGACGUAGUAAACACCAGUGCGGGCAUGACGAGCCCUGGAGAUACCUCUACCGUGCAUCAGAACCACUACCGGGAAUCUUCGCGUUCCGGCUCACCGUACGUGUCCUAUGAACCCGGAGUACAUUCCACUGCGGGGCCGCUACCACCACCACCUCAGCCCGCACUAGAACGCAACACUCUGGUAUCGACAACUCCUGCUCCUCCUCGCCCUCCACGCGCAUACACUCCUUCACAGCCAGUUAGUCAAGUAGGUCGAUACAACGCCCUGCGAGAUGCGUUACAGUUGCCCAGGGAGGUGUCGGAUGCGUUGGCAUCGAUCACGUCGCGCGAACCAAGUCGGUCACGCACGGACUUGCAAGAGGGAUCUGCACAUUCGCGGGAAGGUGCACAGUCUGAUACUGGUUCAUCCAAGCCGCUGACCAAGUCGCGGUCGAUGCACGUUCGGGAGGGUGCUCACCCUCCUUCGACAGUCAUGAACACCCCUGCCACCUCAGAUGCUUCUGUUCUUCAUGCCGAAAUCACACACUCGACAUCCACCAUGUUACCCAGAGACGAGAACGUUGUCAGUGACAACGACACGCCUCCAGCAAUAUCAGAACAUUCGUUGCGGACACAGCGGUCAGGUCCAGACCUUCGACGCAAGAGCAGCUGGGUCAGCCUGACGCAAGCUGAGCGUACGGCGUCGCCAAAUGGCGGAGCCGAGAAAGUCCCGAGUGUUUCGGUGUCGCGCUCGUCGACGUCUUCUCACUCUCACAGCACGUUCUCGCACAUACCUUCCCCUCCUCCGAAGAACACCAGGGGCUCGCCAGCGACUGAUAAUGAGCGAUCGUCGCCUAUGUUGCCGGGGUCAGGAUCGAGUAACAACCCGCUCCGAGGCAACGGAGCCCGAUCGGCACAGACCAGUGCACUGCGUCUAAGAGUGACGCCUGCAACACCAUCUACCCGCGCGGUCGUGGAGACUCCGCGACAUACAUCGCAUGGAUCCACUACAACUGAGGCGACCUUUCCGAUACGUCCAGAUGCAUAUAGUGCUACCGACCUCUCGACGCGCCCAAUCGACAUUGUAUCAAAUGCUCUCCCGUCGACGUUACCGUAUCCAUCGCUGGCUCAAUCGCAAUCUUCACGUGCUUCGCUACGUUCAUCCACUCUCGUGACUACUCCGGCGCGGAGCUUUUUGGCUUUGCCAGGAGGCAAAUCUGGAGGAGGCUUCUUUUCGUCGAUUGGUAGGAAGGCGAGUGUCAGGAAGGACAGGCCGGCCCUGCCACCCGUCUCACCUUCCCGCGUUCUGUCUAAACGCAAUCCAAACACGUCUCAUCCGCCGCCGACGCCGGUUCCAGCGGCACCACUAGUGCCGGGAGGCCCUAGGGCUGCACCGGGUCGAAUACAACGCUCACAAACAUUUUCCGUGGCUACUAGCCCUCCGAAGGAUCCAUCACCACCCUCAGCCAACACUGCGCGCCCUAAUCGUCAGAGCUCUAUGGCUCGUCGACCAUCGUUAUUUGCUCGAGCACGAGGACAAGGUCAAGCACAAGUUGUGCAGACUCCUUCCGUUCCAGAUCCUGAUUUCGAACGUCAAGUCGACAAACUCGCUGAUCUUCUUCCUCAAGCUGAUCGGGAUAUUCUUGCUGGUUACUUACGCAGAGCAGGUCAGGACAUCCUCGCCAUUGGCCAAUACUUAGAGGAUGAGAAGAAUGGCACGUUACUGCGCGACUAACCUUCAUUUCUUAUUAUUUGUUUCACUGACUUACGUCCCUCGUUACUCACAAUGUCAUUGUACUAAAUUUUGCGUUAGUCUUAUCGUUGCGCAUAACAGUCACAUAACAGUAGUGUAUCUAUACCCCAUAUUCUGUACAAUCAGACUACAGACUGGACCAACAGCGGACAGGAACCAGGAUGAUAUACACAUG